AUGAACAAAAAUAGUGCACGGUUUUUCCCUUCGAAAUUUACAUUGAAUGACUGGCAUUAUAACAAUCAAUUCAGGUAUCGAUGCUCUGAAGCACAACAGGAAUCAUCAGACCGUAUCUUAGCUGAAGCAACGCGCGCGUGCGAAUUGGCCGCGGAAAUUGCGAAAGUUAAUAAAGAGGAGACGGAUCAUCGUUUGCAAGAAAAGCUUAAUGACAUCGAAUUUCGUAAGAAGGAAUUGCUGCGGAUCAGAAAGGACAUUGCUUUGGAAAUCGACGCGUUAUCAAUGUAUAAAGAACGGCUUACGGACGCGUUAAAAUCCGUGAAAAGAAACGCCCUCGCAAUUUGCGAAGAGUGUCUUAUUGCCAGGGAACGUAGACUAGGAAUCGAUUUAGUUCACGACGACGUGGAAAAGAACUUGUUAAAAGAGCGUGAAGUAAUCCAAAGAGCGGAGAACUUGUUAGAUCGAAUUUGGAAAGAAACUAACGAACAAAUCCGCAAAUUAAAAGCUACAUUGUAUUAUAUUGAUCACGAUCUCGAGAAUAAGGACACCAAUUUGCACAUCGAUCGUCGCAAUAUAAUUCUGAAAGAGACUGAUUUUCAUUUGAGUAUCUAUCAUGAUACUUUGCCUCUCGAUAAAUCAACAGUAACGUUAAAUGAAUGGGAAUUGCAAACGAACAAUAAUGUUAUUAGCGCAAAUAAAGAGGUGAAUGAUUCAAAACAAUUACGUUGUUAUAUCGACACGAUAAUUAAACAAACGAUUGAUGAUCUAAAUAAACAAGAAGACGUUACAAACGAGGCUUUUAAACAGCGUAUCGAGCAGACUCGAGAAGCUAAAAUCAAAUUGGAACUUCAACACUCGGAGAUAAUCAAACAAAUUAACGCCAUGUCAAGUAACGUAGAGCAUAUAAAAAAAUCUAUAAUUGAUAAGGAGGGUUAUAUAGCUUUGGUUUACACAAGAUUAGGACAUCGAUGUCAACGUCCAGGAAUGGAACUUACUCAAGACUUGGUUGAGGCUAAUCUUGUCAAGGAAAUACACGAAUUACGAAAUGUCGUAGCAAAUCUACAGCAAAUGCUUUGCGAGGCAGAAGCAUCGUUACGUUACUUGCUCAAGACACAAAUUCAACUCGAGGAAGAGAUUAAUGUAAAGACGAAUACUUUGAAAAUUGACGAGGUCGAGUGUAUGACUUUACGUCAAAGUAUAGAUUAUCACGCGUAUUAA